AAUGAGUGUGAGUCCCCUCACCGGCCGUGCCCGCUGGGGCGAAGCUGCUACAACGCUAUCGGCUCCUACUCCUGCCUCCCCAUGCCCAUCAGCUGCCGUGUCGGUUACCGGGCCAGUGAGGACAACGCUCGCUGUGUGGAUGUGGACGAAUGCCGGGACAACUCCCACCACUGCCACGCCGAACAGGUUUGCCGGAACGUUCCGGGCAGCUACAGGUGUGACUGCCGACUGGGGUACCGGGGCGACCCUGUCACCUGGGGCUGUGUAGACAUUAAUGAGUGCCAUCGGUACCAGGGCCGGAUCUGUGCCCAGCUCUGCAUCAACACCCCUGGCUCCUAUCAGUGCGGCUGCAACGUGGGAUUCCGCUUGGCCCCAGACGGCCAGACCUGUGCAGACGUGGACGAGUGCCAGAACAGCCCCUGCAGCCACGACUGCCUCAAUGUGCUGGGAUCCUUUGAGUGCCGAUGCCAGAGGGGAUUCACCCUCAGCCCCACCGACAGAACGGCCUGCCUGGACAUUGAUGAGUGCUUACUGUCCUCCCCAUCUCUCUGCGCCUAUCAGUGCAUUAAUACACCGGGCUCCUUCACAUGUAGAUGUCCUGACGAGGGCUACGUACUCUCACCCAACGGAAGGAAUUGCAAAGACCUCGACGAAUGUAAACUUGGGACACACAACUGCUCAGCUGACGAGAGCUGCUUCAAUAUUCAGGGCACAUUUAAGUGCCUCUCCUUCGAGUGCCCUGCCAACUACAGGAGAGUGGGACAGACCCAGUGUGAACGCGUGUCGUGCCGGGAUUACGUGGAAUGCCAGAUGGUCCCACGGACAAUCACCUACUACCAAUUGAGCCUUCCCACCAACGUCCGGGUGCCGGCCGACGUCUUCCGCAUGAGCCCCACACCGGUGCGCGCCGGUGACAACAUCCUGCUGUCCAUCACCGGGGGGAACGAGGCCAUGUUCUUCGGCACCCGCCGCCUCAACCCCUACAUGGGCUACGUUUACCUGCGGCUCCCGCCGCGUCAGCCCCAAGACUUCCUGCUGGACGUCGAGAUGACACUAAUCCGCCAGGCAGCGGCCACCAAGUUCCUCGCCAGAAUCUACAUCUUCAUCACGGCCCCUCUGCUCUGAGUCCACGUGCUCCUGCUUCCCUACUGCUCUAUGUAACUGUACCACCACCCCACCUCCCCCGUGACCCACCCUCAGAGAUCAGCAGAUUGAUGUGGCUGUUGAUCUGCGCAAGAGCCCACAGUUAUUCACUCAGACCCCAAAAGUGUGUGAUGGGACAGUGUGGAGGGUGAUUCACUCUGUGUCUGUCCCCGGGAGUGUGUGAUGGGACGGUGUGGAGGGAGUUUCACUCUGUGUCUGACCCCUGGAGUGUGUGAUGGGACGGUGUGGAGGCUGUUUCACUUUGUGUCUGACCCCGUGAGUGUGUGAUGUGACGGUGUGGGGGGAUUUUCACUUUGUGUCUGUCCCCGGGAGUGUGUGAUGGGAUGGUGUGGAGGGAGAUUCACUCUGUGUCUGACCCCUGGAGUGUGUGAUGGGACGGUGUGGAGGCUGUUUCACUUUGUGUCUGACCCCGGGAGUGUGUGAUGGGAUGGUGUGGAGGGAGAUUCACUCUGUGUCUGACCCCGGGAGUGUGUGAUGGGACGAUGUGGAGGGAGAUUCACUCUGUGUCUGACCCCUGGAGUGUGUGAUGGGACAGUGUGGAGGCUGUUUCACUUUGUGUCUGACCCUGGGAGUAUGUGAUGGGACGGUGUGAGGUGAGUUAAGUAGGCCAUUUGGCCCACAAUUUAUACAUCCCCAAGUCUAAGUGUACUAAUCCCAUGUGCCUGCAUUACUUUCGUCCCCCUUUCUGGCCUCACUCCACAUGCCCACUUGAUGGUACGUGUACAGGAAGAGACCCCAGCAUCUCUGUGCCGGCCUUGAUGCCAAAUGAAGCAAAAAUCCCUUCUGCCUGCACCUGAUCCACAUCAGUUCAAACACCACUAUUGCAUCUUCAGCCCAACCCUCCUCCUGUGUGAGGUACCUGCACCUUUCCUUUGAGGUUAACCCCGCUCACCUUAAAUACAUACCCUCUGAUAUGAGGUAUUUUGCCUCUAUCUCUCAACUUAUAUCUCUCUGUUAGUCUCUGAUGCUCCUGAGAAAAGUUUAUAUAACCUCUCCUGAUGAAGAGUUUAGGCCCAAAAUGUUGACUAUUCCACUCCACAGAUGCUGCCUGAACUGCUGAGUUCUCUUAUAUAGUAUUGUGCAAAACUGUGAAGCAUAUAUAUCUAGCUAAGGCUUCUGCACAGUACUGUAGUAAUUUUGUGUAUUGCUGCCACAAAAAAGGACAAAUUUCAUGACAUAUGUGAGUGAUGAUAAACCUGAUUCUGAUAUGGGUCUCUAUUGUGGACUGAGAGUGGGAAGGGGGCUGGG